GGUCCAAUAGAUAUGCGCAAACAGGUGGGUGCGUUUGCAAUGGACGUGAUCUCGUGCUGCGCGUACGGCAUAGACGUCGAGUCUAUGACUAAUCCCAAUCAUCCCAUUGUAUUAAACGCCAGCAAAAUAUUGAGUAGUGAUCCGCGACCAGGAAUAAUAGUGUCGGCGCUUUUUCCGGCAUUUGCCAAACUAAUAGGCGCCGAACCGUUUGACGUAGAUGCUUGUAAAUAUUUCGAUGAUUUGACCAAGAAAAUUAUUGAGGAGAGAAAGAAGCAAAAUAAACAUGGCACCAGCAAUGAUAAAGCCAAACGGCGCACAGAUUUUAUACAACUAAUGAUAGACUCGGAAAAGUCGGACAAAGACUUGGGUUACGACUCCAUCAGCGAUGCGGAGCCGGAAGAGGACAAAAUAUAUGGCGACAAAUCGGUGGCAAAACCAUCGGGCACUCUAUCACCGGAUGAAAUGGUAGCCCAGGCCAUUUUAUUUUACAUCGCCGGUUACGACACUACCAGCGCUGCCAUAACCCACGCCCUGUACUUCUUGUCCCAAAACAAGGACUGUCAGCAAAAACUAUGCGAAGAGUUGCGAAGUUGUGAUGAGUUUACGUACGAAAAGUUAUCGCAACUGAAAUACUUGAAUGGCGUAAUCCAUGAGACACUACGACUGCGGCCAUCGUUUGCUCGGCUAUUCCGGGCCUGUGUUCAGGACUAUAAGUUGGGAAAUACCGGUAUUACCAUACCAGCGGGAACCGCCGUCAACAUAAACUUAUAUACCUUACACCGGGAUCCCAAAUACUGGCCCAAUCCCGACAAGUUUGAUCCCGAGCGCUGGUUUGAGCCCAAACACCAUCCGUACGCUUACCUGCCGUUCGGCGCCGGACCCCGACUAUGCAUUGGACAACGGUUUGCCAUAAAUGAAAUGCAAAUGUGCCUGGCUAAAAUGAUACGAAAGUUUGAGUUCACCAUGGUGCCCGGAUUUGAAAUUGAAUAUUUUAGAGGUCAACCAGCCAUGUCGCCCAAGGAGUUGCAGUGACAGGGGCCACACGGAGGACAUGGAGUUCACGCACCAAAUCCAGUGACAACAACGGCCGCACCUGGAAAGUUGUGGGAUAAAUACGGGUCACACGGUUUCAUCUAUAAUUUAGAUCAUUUGCGAGAAGAGGCGAGUAUUGUGCUGUAUAUGAAAGAUGCGAAUCAGAUAACCCAUGAGGAGUCGUACCUGUAUUUCAUUAAACUACACGACUUUAAUAGCGACGGCAAACUCGACGGAUUAGAUUAUGUGGACUCAAUGCUAACUGCAAUGGAUGUGAAUAACGAUGGAUUUGUUGAUUACGGAGAGAUCUAUACUGCUAUGGAGUGACACAUUAACACACAAUAAUUGUUUUGUAAAUUAAUUAAAUAAUAUUUAUAAUUUGUUAUAAAAUAAACGCAAG